AUGCUUCGGGAACCUCCUCCAUCGAGCGACAAUAUAAGUUCAGCAGGACCUGAGCUUAGCCCGUUCGAACCGCAACACGCUGGGGUCGGAUCAUCGGUCGCGCAGGUCGCUAGCGCGGGCGUUGAUGCGGCGACGCACCAGCAGUCCCUUGGGCGGCUGCCGAGCACGCCUCGCCCACGUCUACGCCAAGCUCCUACAACUGCAGCUGUCGCCGCUGCACGGACGCAGACGAGGAUGGGCUCCCGCAGCUUCCACGCCAAAGGCGUCUUGGAAGGACUCGCGCGGACAGGUACCCAGCCCGCAGCAAGCUCAACAAAGGAUCCUGGUGGCCAGCUACCCACUCUCCAGGUGGUGGAUCCGUCACCCCGGCCAGUGCUCCUGUUGUUGGCUCUCCCCAUCACCCUUCUCGCGGCCCACCACCUCCGGACUCGCCGCGAGCGCAUCGCUGACGACGACAGCCUUCAUGCGUCCCGAACCGCCUAUGAUCUGCCUUGCCGGACGUCCUCGAUCACACGCCAGCGCUGGGGUCCCUCGAUGCGCCCGGAAGCUCAUGCGCUGCACAAGCAGGCCUCGUCCAAUGGCAAACGGCGACGGAACGGCCGUCCAAUGGCGUCGACGAAGGCGUGUGCGGGCCAUCGAGGUCAGGAUCUGAUCUCCCAACACCUGUUCGUCACUCACUAUGGCGAUGUCCCCGCGCAGUGA